AUGAAGAAUGGUACCAAAAGUUUGGGCGCCGUUGGUGUUGCUCCUUUUAAAGGACGGUGCCCACGUGACCCUCCAUACUGUUCUCGUUGGUUUGGGGUAGAUUUGGAUACGACUUUGAUCCCAUCGGGACCGGAAACAACGGAUCGGUCAAGUGAGUAUACUGUUCGGGUGUUAGUUGAUAUGAAAGUAACAGCUGAAGUGCGCAUCGUCUUUUUCCACGGCUCUGCGCUUUCAGUUUUUGAAGAAAUUUUGAUGCAACUCCAAGUUAUUCCUUUGAUAUUUGCUUUGCACCACCCUCUGUCUAGAAUCUACCGAAAAAGAGAAAAAUGUUUGUACCCCCUCUUUUUCAAUCUAAUUAAGUACAGCUCAGAAAUUGACAGGCAAACGGAAACACAGUUGACCGUCGUUGACUUCCUCGAAUGGGAAUUCGCCCCAAAAUGCCACAUCCACAGCUUAAUUAGCUUGUGUAUAAUCGAAUCAAGCACAAAAAUGGAAAAAAUAUCACGAAAACUAGAACUGUUGAACAACUGUUCUCGUUGGUUUGGGGUAGAUUUGGAUACGACUUUGAUCCCAUCGGGACCGGAAACAACGGAUCGGUCAAGUGAGUAUACUGUUCGGGUGUUAGUUGAUAUGAAAGUGAAGAAGGAUAUUUUAUUGAUGAAAUACAGUACUCAUACCCCACCAUUGGUUUUGCCCCUCCCGGGGCUCAUUAGCUAG